UAGUGGAUUGUGGUUCCCAGAAUCGCCUGUUAGUUGCUUUAUAACUUCUCUGUUCUGUGGCCUGGGACUGAACCUUCCCUUCUGUAGUCUCAGUUGUGUCUGCUUGCAGCCUCAGAUGAACGCCCUGGGAUUCUUGAAGUUUGUUGGUGGCUCCUUCUCACGCAUCACUGAGGAGAUGAGUUAGUACGUGAAAUACACUGUUGGAGUGCAAGUGCAAGGGUAUUUGUUCUCGGAACACUUUACAAACCUGAGAUGAAUUUUAAUAAGGAAAUAACAUUGUGUGGCAUUGGGUGUUUGGUUUUCACACCAGUUGAUACUGUGAACGCUUGCUGAGUCAGGGCACACUCUUCUCAGAAGACAGAGAUGUCACCGUGUGACGUCAUGGGGGCUCUGGUAUAAUUCCAGCCUACUCUUUCCUAAUGUCCUCACUGCCUGUGUUCUCCAUUCCAGAUGCUGAGUGGCAGAGCUGUGGAUCCCUGGAUCUGCAGCUGCCUUUUGUUUCCUUGGUGCAUGCAACUCAUUACCUCUCUGUCGGGAGGUCCUUCCCUUUCCAUAAAACCACGCCGCCUCCAUGAAAGCGCCAAGAUCUUUUCAGCUCGCUUGCUACCUAAGCAGCCAGAGACAGCUGCUGCUUUGAAACGUACACUAGAAUCCCUGAUGGACCGAGGAGCCAUCGUGAGGAACCUGGAGAGCCUUGGUGAGCGCACACUUCCAUACCGUAUCUCCAGCCACGGCCAGCAGCACAGCAGAGGCGGGUAUUUUCUGGUGGAUUUUUAUGCCCCAACCAGUGCUGUGGAUGGCAUAUUGGAUCACUUGACUCGAGACAUUGAUGUGGUGAGACCGAAUGUUGUGAAACACCCUCUGACCCAGGAAGUAACAGAGUGUGGCGGCAUAGUCCCAGUCCCGCUGGAAGAGAAACUGUAUUCAACGAAGAGGAGAAAGAAGUAAGAAGAUGUUCCAGAUCUCGGCCACACACCUAAUCCCAAGUACUCUGUGGCUGCUGAUUGCUUAUUUUCUAGGAUGCUCUAGCCCAUGAUCCUUCUGCUGUAGGAGGUGGGAACUGCUGACUGAGACCUGCCCUGUCAUCUCUGGCGCCUACAGACCAGUCUCGGUUUUGCCAGCUGUGUGAUCGCCAGGGAGGGCUCACCUUAACCUCUGCAGCAUUGGGAGAGCAAAUUGAUUGUCAUUCACACUUGGUUGUCUUGCAAAACUAUAUGGAAAACAGAGCACAGAGUAAUAAAUGUGACUACCAGUC